AUGGGCUUCUUGUUCGCAAGCCCGAGUGAUGUGACGCUCAUCAUCAUCGAAGAGAGCGAGAACGACGACCACCAAACCAAGACAGCCUUAUUUCACGUUGAUCGUUCCAAAUUGAUUGAGAGCAGUGAUUACUUUCAGAGAAUGUUCUCAUGUCGGUGGGAAACAUCCGGGAAUCACAAGCCCACUCUCAGAGGCGACACGAUCAAAGGCAUGGAGGUGAUAUUCGGGUCGAUUCAUGGAGUCGAGAUCGAGCCAGAGUUUGUCACUGUUGCGGAUGUCUGGUACACAAUCAAGACCUGCAACAAGUACCUGCUGGAUCCUAAGAAGCUGAUGGGCUGGUUUGCACGCUGGAUCAAACAUAUUGACGAGAAACAACCUGAAAUAUGGGAAGACUAUGAUUUCAACCGCCAGCUACUGUUACCUUGCCAUUUCUUUGAUCAUGCAGAGGCUUUCCAGCAUAUCACAAGAAGACUCGUCUACAACGCCCCAGGCCAUAUCACAGAAAUGGCCCCGACAGACUCACCAUCAUUCGAGCCGAUGCAUAUGCCCGCCAUCGUCAUACAGCAAUUAAACGCAGCUAGAGGGCGUCUCCGAACGGUUCUCCAAAGAUCGCUUUUUGGAGAUUUGAACAUGACUCUCGAUAAAGCUCAUUGUGGCUGUGCAGCAGAAAGCAUGUUUGCCUACUUUAGAGAAUUACAUCACAUCAGGGUCAAGCCGCUGGAUAGUGACAUAUACAAGAAUUGUGUCAGUGAUAUUCUCAAUCGACUGGCAAACUUCAAUGAAGACAAUAUGGCAAAGAGGAAGCCAUCGGUGCAGAGAUGCGUGGUAUGCCCCUUCUCCUGGAAACGCACGGUGGAGUACGCACGAAGACUGGUCGAUGGUUACUUUCAUGGCCUAUGUCUAGAUUGCAUGCAGAAACACCCAGACGAGGAUUCUGAGUACUGGGAUCUUCGUACCACCAGAUUGGUGUAUGACCAAACUUGCCGCAUUACCCACGGCGAGGCAACCUGGUUCUCCAGUUUCAUGGGCCAUCGUAACAAACGGCUAUACCGCAUACGUUCCUGA